CUCAAAUUGUAUGACUUCUAUUUAAUAACUUUCUUAAGCGGAAAGACCAUAAGAAUAAUAAAAGAAUAAGAGUUCGACAUCAUCUAAAGACUCAGAAUCCUCAGACUCUUCUUAUGAUUUUGUGAAGGAUUUGAACCAGAAAUCUUCACUAAAGAGAACUCCAGAGGAAGAAUAAGAACUUCUGUCUCGAUAUAAAGGUAAAGUUUAGUAAGAUUUUAAAUUAGGUAAGCAUGGGUUAAAGUACUAGAAAAUAUCAAAUGAACAGCGAUAAAAACUUAUUAAGCAGGUAACAACUACAGGUUGCACAAUAAAAAGUGCUGCUAGAGAAUUGAAUAUCAAUUUUUCAACAGCAAAGGCUAUCAUGUAGAUUUUUAGAAAAGAAGGAAGAACGUCUAAAAAAGUAAAGAGGGACAAGACUUAAGAAGAAUUUUAAAAUCCUGGGAUAUUAAUUUAAGGUAUUUAGUAUAGUUUAAUAAUUUUAGUAGGAUUAUCAAAGGAGGAAUAAUGCUAGCCAAGACAAAAUACUGUAUAGGAUAAUUUAGAUACAAUGCAUUAUCAAUAGGUGGAAGAGAAAAAUAGAAAUUAAGUCAUAUAAAUAUAAUAGUUAAAUGCAUAGGUUAGAAACUUGAAAUAAAUUUUAGAAUUUAUAUUUAUAAGGAAGAAUAAAUUAAUUAUAACAAGAGAAAUCAUAAUUGUGUUAAAAUUAUUCCUAUUUGACUUCUCAGUAUAAUUAACUAUAACAAAUGGCAUAACAAAUAAAUUAAAAUUAUUAAGUAAGACUAACUAUGCCGUAAUAUUAAAAUCCUUAUCAAUUUUGA